AUGUUCCCUGUUGCUGAUCCACCUCGAGCGGGACCUGAAAAUACUGGGAAAAUUUCCAGACGAAGUACUAUCCGUGCUGCGCCUGCAUUAGCUGUAUCUGAACCAAAACCAACGUCUGCUCCAAUCGAAUUCAUUGAUGAUGAUGAGAUUCGAAAAGAUUAUCAACCUUCCUGCUUUGAUAGAUUUGUAGAUUAUAUUCUCUGCAGGGGGGACGUUGCCAAACAAACCUAUGAAAGUCGCCCCGUUUCGAUUUUUGGACUUUUUCGAUAUGGAAAAGCAUUCGAUCAUUUUCUCCUGUUUAUUGGUAUCAUAUGUGCUAUAAUAUCAGGAAUUUCUCAACCAGUGUUGACUAUUAUUGCUGGCCGCGUCACUAAUGCUCUUCUUGUGUACGCACCUCACACAAAACAGUUUCGGAACAAGGCAACCGAGAAUGUUUACAUUUUUCUUGGCAUUGGUAUUUUUGUGACAAUCACAAACUACAUUCAGUACAUGUGUUUCCAACAUUGCUGCUCGAGGAUUAUGGCGCAGAUGAGGCAUCGAUAUGUGUACUCAGUGCUCCGACAAAAUGCUGGAUGGUUUGAUAAGAACCACUCUGGAACAAUUGCAACAAAGUUAAACGAUAGCAUGGAAAGAAUCAGAGAAGGAAUCGGAGACAAAUUGGGUGUUCUAAUUCGUGGAGUUGCUAUGCUGCUUGCUUCCAUUGUUGUUGCAUAUAUCUAUGAAUGGAGAUUAGCUUGUAUGAUGUUGGGAGUGGCUCCAACUUGCGUGGGAUGUAUGUCCCUUAUGGCUAGACAAAUGACAGCAACAACAGUAAAAGAGCUUGGAGGUGUUGAAAAGGCUGGAUCGAUUGCAGAAGAGUCGUUGAUGGGUGUUCGAACUGUGCAAGCAUUCAAUGGACAGGAAGAAAUGGUGGAACGAUAUCGAGUAGAAUUGAAUAAAGGAAGAAAGUUUGCAAUAUGGAAAGGAUUUUGGAGUGGAUUAUAUGGAGGCCUCUUUUUCUUCUGGCUAUUUGCAUUCCAAGGAUGUGGUUUUCUCUAUGGAGCGUAUCUUCUCAAAAUUGGAAUUAUCACUUCACCAGGAGAUGUGUUCAUUAUUGUAAUGGCAAUGCUUUUGGGAUCAUACUUUUUGGGUUUAAUCUCUCCUCACUUAAUGGUCCUACUCAAUGCUCGAGUUGCUGCAGCAUCAAUUUAUGAAACUAUCGAACGAGUUCCAAAAAUAGAUCCAUAUUCGAAGAAAGGACGAUUUUUGGAUAAAGUCAUUGGUAGAGUGAAAUUUGAGAAUGUUCAUUUCCGAUAUCCCACUAGAAAAGACGCAAAGAUUCUAAACGGAUUGAACCUCACCAUCGAACCGGGAACAUCCGUUGCUCUCGUCGGACACUCUGGUUGCGGAAAGUCAACAUCUGUCGGAUUGCUGACAAGACUUUAUGAACCGGAAACUGGUAAUGUGACGAUUGAUGGUACUGACGUGAGAGAGUUGAACAUUGACUACCUGCGAAAUGUGGUUGGAAUUGUUCAACAAGAGCCAAUACUGUUUAAUGACACUAUUCAUAAUAAUCUUCUUCUGGGGAACCCAAAUGCAAAGAGAGAAAAGAUGAUUGAGGUCUGCAAGAUGGCUAAUGCGCAUGAUUUUAUUGAAAAAAUGCCAAAAGGAUACGACACACUGAUUGGAGAUGGUGGAGUACAACUAUCUGGAGGACAAAAGCAACGUGUCGCGAUUGCCAGAACUCUUAUUCGUGAUCCCAAAGUAUUACUUCUCGAUGAGGCCACAUCUGCUCUGGAUGCUCAAUCUGAAAGUGUUGUUCAAUCAGCUCUAAAUAACGCUUCGAAAGGAAGAACUACAAUCAUGAUUGCUCAUAGACUUUCUACUAUCCGUGAAGCAGAUAUGAUAGUUUUCUUCGAGAAAGGAGUUAUUGUAGAAGCUGGAAACCAUGCAGAGCUAGUUCGUCUUGAAGGGAGAUAUUAUGAUUUAGUGAAGGCACAAGCAUUCAAACCUGACGAUAAUCCAAUUUCUCAAUAUGAUGAAAUAGCGGAAGAUAUUGAUUUGGGACCAUCUGCAACUGCUAUCCACUCUCGUCAGUCUUCGUUCACUAGUUCCAUCAGAAGCAGAAUAUCAGGAGCAGAAGCAUUCAGGCGCGGAACACUUGGAGCUGAUUCGUUUGCCGGAGGUAGAUCAUCUGCAAGAGCUGAUGCUGAAAAUGCUGCAUUUGCUGAGGAAGUGGCAAAAGUUAUGGAACAAGAUGGACAAAUCAGUGCUGGUUUCCUGGAUAUUUUCAAAAAUGCACAUGGAAACUACACUGUUAUGUUGUUGGGAUUUGUUACUGGAUUGAUCAGAGGAUUAGAAUUGACAGCGUUCGCUCUUUUGUUUGGUUGGGUUUUUGAAGGAUUCCAGUAUCUGACUGUGGACAAUGGAAAAAUGAUGCAUCGUAUGGCAAUGGCGGUUAUUGCAUACGGAUGUUCAGGUUUUGGAUGUUUUGUGUCUCAAUUUCUAAGUUCUGUAUUCUUUGCAAUUGUAUCCGAAAAUCUUGCCCUACGUUUCCGAGUAAUGUCAUUCCGCAAUUUACUCUACCAAGAUGCAUCAUUUUUUGACAAUCCUGCACAUGCACCAGGAAAACUCAUCACUCGACUAGCGACAGAUGCUCCGAACUGCAAAACUGUAGUAGAUUCACGAAUGCUUCAAGUUCUCUAUGCCCUCUCGGCAAUUAUUGCGAACAUCGCAAUUGCAUUUAUCUACUGCUGGUAUCUUGCAAUUCUGGGAACAGCUUUAAUUAUUCUUUUGGCCGUCACCAUGUGUGGAUUGGCUUACAAAAUUUCUCUGUUGAAUAUGAAACAAAUUCAAGAUGAUGAAGCAGGAAGAAUUGCGAUUGAAAUCAUCGAGAAUGUGAAAACAAUUCAAUUAUUGACUAGAUGUGAUCACUUCUUUGAGCGUUAUCAGAAAUCGUCAAAAUCUCAAAAAAGAAGCGAAUUGAAGAAAGGACUCAUUGAAGCUGUCAAUUAUACAAUCACUCAAUCUUUCAUGUACUACAUGAUGUGUUUCUGUUUUGCUCUUGGCAUCAGAUUGAUAUAUCAAGGCAACAAAUCUUCCCAAGACGUUUUUCAAGGAAACAUUGCCAUGCUACUGACUGCAAUGGGUGUGAUGAACUCUGCUCAGUACUUCCCAGAAUUUGUCAAGGCGAAGACUGCAUCUGGGUUGCUUUUCAAUAUCAUUUACCGUAAACCAAGAACCGGAGAUCUGAUGGAAGGAACAUGUCCCGAGGUCAGAGGAAAUAUCUUAUUCGAAGAUGUCAAAUUCUCAUAUCCCCAACGUCCCCACCAGCCUAUCAUGAAGGGACUCCAAUGGACGGCUCUUCGAGGACAAACAGUUGCUCUUGUUGGACCAUCCGGCUCUGGAAAAAGUACAUGUAUUGGAAUGUUAGAAAGAUUCUAUGACGUCACUGGAGGAGUCCUUCGAAUCGAUGGACAGGACAUCAGAGGUCUCUCGUUGUUCCAUCUCAGAACACAAAUGGCACUAGUAGGUCAAGAGCCCAGACUGUUUGCCGGCACCAUCAAAGAAAACAUUUGUCUUGGGUUGGAAAACGUGAGAAACCUAAUCCACAUGUCAAACAAAAAUAUUUAUGUUACCAAUGUUCAGGUGUCAAUGGAAAAGAUUAAUCACGCGUUGGAGCUGGCAAAUGCGAAUCGGUUUUUGUCUAAUCUUCCAGCUGGUAUUGAGACUGAUGUCGGAGAAAAAGGAUCGAAAUUGUCUGGUGGCCAGAAACAAAGAAUUGCUAUUGCUAGAGCACUGGUUAGAGAUCCUAAGAUUCUUCUUCUAGAUGAAGCCACAUCUGCGCUGGAUUCAGAAUCAGAAAAGGCAGUUCAAGAAGCGCUGGAUAGAGCUAGAGAGGGCCGAACUUGCAUCACCAUUGCUCAUCGAUUAUCUUCGAUUCAAAAUUCGGAUGUCAUAGUGUAUAUAGAAAAUGGGAGGGUGCAAGAAGCCGGAAAUCAUAAGCAACUAAUGGCAAAGAAGGGAAAAUACUACGAGCUAAUUCAAAAACAAGAUUUGGGAAUUUGA